GAAGGGUUGGGUGCCCAAGUGUUGAAUUUCACUUCCUGUCACCUGGAGUCUUUUGUCUCUCCCUGAAUGCUGUUAAGGGCACACCUGAAGUUCAGGCAGCAAGGAAGGAGUUACUGGAAGAUCCGCUCGUAGGGAACGCCUCUCUUCGACGGCAGAGCAGCCUGUGAGUCAGUUUCACCUGAAACUAGUCUACAGGUAGUGAAGGGAGAAGCGGAAAAGGGAAACAGAUCGAAGCUCCCCAAGGACGGGGGAGGCAGAACCCAGAGUGAGGAAGACGGCGCACAAAAUCGAAGGGACGGUGGUGAGAGAACCUCAAUCGUCAGGUCCCCAGCCAAGCACCCAUCUACCGUAACUCUCUCCUAGAGGGCUUGCAGAGGCGAACGCUGCGUACCAAAAGGAAGCGUCACCCACGGACACGGCCUGAAAUUGGUCUUUUUGGGAACAGCAGAAUCGGAGUUAUAAAAAAUAAAUAAAUCUGGAAAUAAGUGUUUUACUUUUUUUAACGCUCUUUGGGUGUUUGCUUGAAAGGGAGACAACUGGGAGACAAUCCUUGGAGCAUUUCGCGUUUCCAAGAAACUUCCUCGUCGUCGACUGCCCUUUCGCGAGCCUUCCUGCGAUUUGAGUCUCCUUCUCCCUCUCUUUAAAAAGCACCACCCUUGUUCGGCUAGGGAGACCCACUCCUUGGAGGAAGAGGGGGCCUGCCUGAAGAUGGCUCCAAGUCGCACCCUGCUCCAGGCCCGCCUGUUGAUGAACCUCGUCGUAGCCGUGUUAGUACUUGGCCAGGAAGAGGCGCAGGAAGAAGUCCCUUUUAGCGAGAGCUGCCUGGCCCAUUUCACAGCUGGCUUGCCCGAGUUUGUCCUGGACACGGAUGCCUCUGUGCAAAACGGAGCCACUUUCCUGGCCUCUCCGCCUUUGGAGAGGGGCCGGGAGUGUGUGAGAGCCUGCUGCAAGAACCCCCAGUGCAAUUUGGCCCUCGUGGAGCAGACCCCGGGAGGAGAGGAGCAAGACAGCAUCCAGAACUGCUUUCUUCUCAACUGCCUCUACGACCAGGCCUUUGUCUGCAAAUUUGCCAGAAAGGAGGGUUUCCUCAACUACGUCAAGAGGGAGGUGUACGAUGCCUAUGUGGCUAUGCGAGAGCAAGGCAAUCGUGGUGAUCAGCCACCUGUAGCCCGAGCUUGGAUGGACAUGAAAGUGCAGCCUAACACGCCAGUGACACUGAGGGGUACAGAAAGUGUUGAUGACAAGGGUAUUGUGACUUAUGAAUGGACACUUCUCAGUGGUGAUGACUCAGUGGUGAUGGAGAAAGGGGCAGAUCAUGUGGUAGUCACCAACUUGCAGGAAGGGAGUUACCUCUUCCAACUAACUGUGACAGAUACCGCUGGACAGAAGGACUCUACCAACAUCACUCUCACUGUACUGAAUCAUGAGCAGACGACAGAGCACUGCUUGGCUCCUUAUAAGGUGGGACGUUGCCGGGGUUCCUUUCCUCGCUGGUACUACAAUCCAGCAACUCAGCAGUGUCAGGAAUUCAUAUUUGGUGGCUGCAAACCCAACAAAAACAAUUACUUACGAGAAGAGGAAUGUAAACUUGCCUGCAAGAAUGUCCAAGGUGCUGUUGAAAAACGACAAGAGCCAGUGUGCAAUGGAAAGUGCCUGCCCUUCUAUUUCAAAUGUGAAGAUGGAUGCUGUAUUGAUAGCUUCCUGGAAUGUGAUGAAACUCCUGAUUGUUUAGAUGGCUCAGAUGAGAAAUUUUGUGAUUCAUAUGUUCAAGGGUUCAAUCAAUUACGCAAGAUCAAUGUUACAGUCAGCCAAAGUCACUGUGUGGAUAUGCCAGAUACUGGGCUGUGUGAAGAUAGUAUACCUCGCUGGUACUACAAUCCAUUCACUGAGAAAUGCAAUCGCUUCACCUAUGGAGGUUGUGAAGGCAACAAGAAUAAUUUUGAGGAGGAGGAAGAAUGUAUGAAAUCUUGUGAAGGUGUCACAAAGGCAGAUGUGAUCGGCCAGAGAUGGAGCGGAUAUGAGGCACAGCAGGCGGGUUUAAGCUCUUUUGAAGUGGCUAUUGCAGUGCUUCUUGGUGUGUGCAUAAUGAUUGUGUUGGCAAUCCUUGGCUACUUUUUCCUAAAGAACAAAAAGACUUACCGACGCCGACGCCAGCCAGCUACUGCGGCCAACUCCACUCUCUCCUCUGUUCUGUCCACCACUGAGGACACCGAGCACCUGGUCUACAACAGUACUACGAAGCCUAUUUGAUUUGGAAGAGCUGCCCUCCGCUUCUGGGAGUGGGACAGUGAUAUUUACAGGUGUUGCUUUUGAAACAAAGGCCUGUGGCUGAAGGAUUUCCCCUUCCCUUCCUCCAUGUUUCCUUCCUUUAGACUGUCAAAUUCCAGCCGUCUUACUGCCCCUGGAAAUGGUUCUGACUGUGUGACAGCUUCUGAGGAAGAGGAAUCGCAAGGAGAAUAUUCCCACCUCCCUUUGUAAUAAUGCAAUGGUGGCUCUCUUUGUUGCUGUUUCCUUUAUGUCUUUAAAGGGGAGGCAUUCAUUUAAGUAUAAGGACUUGCUGUACCUGUGGAAGGAGCCAUGGUUUGAUUAUUGGUAUGGAAUUCAUCCUCCCACAAACCCAUUGACAUCUACAUUUCUUUUCGUGUGUGUGUCAUAGAAUUUUUGCCUAUUCUCUCCUCGAUUCUCAUGAAAGUCAUGCAGCUCCCAAACCACCCUCUCUGCGCAAAGGGUCUAAGUAGUUCAAACAUGGUGAUACCUCUGAGAGUCUGGUGCAGGUUCCCAUUGCUUGCUCAAUGUGAACUCGGGGUUGCACAUGGCAGUCUUUCAAAUGAUAUAUUGAAUAGAAGCUUGAUAGACCGCUGGAGUAAAACUGGCCUCAUUUUCCCCCCCAAAGGCACUGCAGCCCAUGUUGCAUCUUAAACAGAGACUGAUGCAAUACAUACAACAUAAAAUAUAUUAUGGCCAUUGCUUUGAAACAUAGUUUUAACACAUAUAAGAGGAAAUGCAGCUAAAAUGUUCCUAAAUGUGUCCAUUCUCCUUUGCAUUUCCCCCUCUAUUCCUACCUCCAGGGUUGCCAUUUCUGCUUUCAAUGUUAAGCAACUAGCCCAUAAGUGUUUGAGUUUGAAUAUUUCAUCUGUAUGUAUUUAUUUUUAUAGAACCAAAAUGUGACUAAAAAGAUGAAGCUCCUGAUUUACUAGCAUGACUCCAAGUGCCCAGUAAAUGUUGUGAGCAUUAACUCCCUCCCUCCACCCCCAGUUACGGGGAAUUCACACUGUUCAUUUGUAAGCUAGUGCCACAUAUUGAUUUCCCGUUACCUGUCUUCCCAAGAGCCUCAGAAGAGAGCAGCUUUGUGGAAGACUGUGCUUUUGGGAGCACAAUAGCAAAAACAUAAGUAGCAGCUUCUGACCCUAAAAUGAACAGAAAUGAACUGGGAGAAGGAGGACAUGUUCCAGCUUCUCCAUUAUUCCCUGUCUUAGCUGUCAAAGCAUAGACUAUGUAAAUCAAUGCCUGCUUGUAAUUUAAUAUAUUGAAGUUGCUGUUGACAAGCCGAGCUGUUCUCCUUUUGCUGCUGUUAAUCAUUGUUCAGUGUAACAGAUUUUUAUCUCCCUCCCUCUCCCAAAUCUGAUAUAGCCUCAUUGUUUCUAGCAUUUGAUGAUUUAUACUAGAGUAACCAAUGUGGUGCCCUCCAGAUGUUUCUGGACUACAUCUCCCAUUGCCCUGACCAAUAAUGGUUAUAGGAGUUGGGAGUCUGACAACAUCUGGAGGGCACCAUGUUGGUUACCCCUGAUUUGUACUAAGUCCGAAGGACAGGCCUAUUUUAUGGUUGCCAGUCCUUGAAACAAGAUCCAUCUUCCAUGCAUUUCCCUACACUUUUGAAAAAGGCUGUGUACUACCUUCCCCAUUGUCUCUGUGUUGAGUAUAGAAGUAUGAAAAGGGAAGCCUGUACAUAAACAGCUGCUCAUGCAUGGAUUCUCCAUGUGUCCAAGACUCUGGCAAGGCCACACUUCCCUAUCACACGCACAUUUCCCUAUGCAUACAGGAUACUUGUGAAAGGGGCUGGUGUGUUAGCUGCUCCAGGCUCGUCAUGUGGCUUACUCCUAUCAUAUAGGGUGUUUCCAUGCAACUGCCAGGCAUUCCUGAUGGUAAUUAGUAGACCAGCCCUUUCCUUCUAAUCUAGCUGAUCAGUCAACUCACAUUUUCGCCCUCCGGAGAAUCCAACAACCCUUCCAAAUGUUGCUUUUAUAACCAGACCAUAUACUAUCCCUGUGACAGGUGGGCAGCUAUCUUCUGAAGUAAAUUUGAUGCAGUUGUAUCCCGUACUGGGAAUGAAAAUGUAUAUAGCUGUGCUGCUUUGGAAAUAGCCUCUGCUAUGAAGCUGAGAGAGUGAGCAGAGAACUUUUGUGUGUCUCCUUUUGUAGUAUUAAUGAGAUCUUGUUUUAUAUGUGUGUAUGUAUAUCAAAUAUGUAGAGAGGAGGACUUUUUUGCUUGGAUGCAAGUCUCCGCUGGCUGAGGUCAACGGGCACCAGCAAAAUGAAUAGGGAGAAUGCUGGGGUUGGGAAAGAAUUCCCUUCCGAGGGAAGAUAGCAGCUUUUUCCAAGGGGUGGAUUUCUUAAGAGUGGAACUGACUAAGCAGGCUUGGGAAAACGGCAAAAUGAGAUGGAGACCAUGAUGAGACUCAUCAAUGUGUCUUUAAGGGAGGGGAGGGGGCAGGAGAGAACCCAUUAUCUUCCGUAGCUGGCAAGUUACUCUACCUUUUUUGAAACAUAUUUUUAUACCUGCUAAUUCCAUCCUCCCUCCACCUUCACCCCUGCAGUAAAUGUAAAUUUUAAUAAAAUAUUUUGUUUGUAACUUA